GUCAGUACUAUUAUUUUUUCCUUCACUGAAAGCUGUGGCUCUGUCUCUGUGUGUCUGACACGCCGAAGCCCUCUGUAUCAUCGCAGCGAGCGAACCCGCCUCUCUCAUCGCCAAGUUCUCUUCCAAGCGGACAUGGAUCAUUCUAUCUCCAUGGACGAAAAUCGAAUUAGGAAUAUCAUUGCUGAAGAUGACAAGGAUGGACUCGCUACCUUUUUAGAGAGUUCAUUGGUGAAACUUUUGGCAUGGAUUUGUAAGUAUCGGGCUGUACAUUGUGGCUCUGCAUUGCUCGAAGGAAAGACGGACCUGAAAUUAAAUCUUAAUGUUCUGACCAACCAAGGAGCUUUUGUGCUGCAUGAAGCAGCAGCUUCUUUAUCUGCUCCCUUAAUCGAAUUAUUUCUUCGCCAUGGAGCUCAGGCUGACGUUCGAUGCAAAUCUCUUGACUCAGAGCACAAUGGGUUGCUCCCUCUCCAAGUAGCACUCGAAAGAGUAAGAUAUAAUAAAAAUCUCAUCCUGUGGGAUCGUCAAAAAUCUAUCUUCAAGUUGAUCAUCAUACUUUGCCUUCCGGAAAUGAAAGAAGCCUUGGAGGCUAUUAGAUUACUUGCAUGUAACACAAAAAUGAUCAAGGAGGUAUCUUACUAUUACGCCACGAAUUUCAAAGUCAUUGAGCUGGCUGUUCUACUAAUGGUAGCUGGCGAUGAGAUUCCGGAUGCAAAUCUACCAGGGAAAAUGAUUGCGGAGGCAAAUCUACCUGGGGCUAGUCUUGCGGAUGCAAAUCUACCUCGCUAGUCUUGCGGAUGCAAAUCUACCUAAAAAAAAAGAUUAAAGAUUCAAAUGGUUUCGAUGGUUACGUUUUGGUUAAUGUAUUUGUCAGCCAUCAGUCUCGAACUUUGUGCGCCAUUAAUUGAAUUUCAGCUCGCAACAUCAAGAUGUGAUUCGGGUGGAAAGGUUGAGGAUUGGAGGAAUGCAGUUGGUUCUGUACACUUGUUAAUUGAAUAUUAUGCCCGUGCUGGUGAUGUUAUUCAGGCGUAUCUUCAAUCAGAGCAAACUAAUGCAUCAAUAAAAGAGUUUGCCCGAAAAGUUGCUCUGGUGCUCAGAAAAUCAGGCCACAAAUUAACAUCCGAAGACACUGAUUUAAGCGACAUAGGGGACCGGUAUCUGUUUUGGUCUCCAUUUAUUUUUGGUUUUGUUUUUCUCAUCCUUAAUUAGGUUCCCGAAGGUAAUAAACUCGUAUCACCCAUAAAACAAUGAAAACACAAAAGAUUAAAUUUCUUGUAAGUGAACUAAUUCUAGUGGAUGUUACUUUGUUGUGACAUGUACUAUGUGAUUGCAAAAGUUGGCCAACUGAGUUUUUGAUAAACCCAAGUGUUCCCUUACGGGAGAAAAAAGAGCCAGGUAUCAUUGGUUGAUUUUCUUCCUCUUCAAACACUCAAAGUUGCUUCAUUUCAUUUCGGUCCUUCCCAAAAAAAGGAGAACAGUAAAAAGAAUUUAUAGAAAUAUUUUUUUCCUUGUAUAGAGGAGCCAACAGAACAUAAAUCUGCAAAGGAGGAUGUUUCCAUGCCAUUGAACCCACAUUCAAGCAAAAAUGUAAGAAAUUAUAAAAUUAUUUUUGAUGGCUCAUUUUUCUUUACCCUUGUCCCUUUAGUUUACUCUUUUUCUUGAUUUACUCUUUUAAUUAUUGUUUGACUUGUUUUCUCUGCGCUUUUAUAUCGCGCCAUAAUGAAUGAUUUGUUUAUUUUUUUUGUUUUUAACUAUUUUGUGUUGUUUAUUUUGCAAAAUAUUGUUUUAAAGAUGUUGAAAAAAAAGGGUUGAUGCCGAAUUAUACCUAUAUCUUGAUAAAUUUCUUGACAACUAUAGGUACUUUUUCUUGUCAAAGUCUUAGGUUACAAAAGUGUAAUAUAAUAUAUUCUCUGCCAAAGAACAAAAGCUGUUUAUUACCCUCUUCUUCUUAUUUUUUUUUCUCCUUUUUAAUGUAUUGGGGCUAUCAAGGAAUUUGGUGUGUACUCUUCUUAGUUUUGAAUUUUGGGUUGUUCAUACAAAUUGACAUAACGCCUUUCUUUAUCUCAAGCGGAAGACAACACAUUUUGUGCCAGAUUACUAUUGGAGGCUGACCAGGGAAGGCAUCAGACGUGGCUCUUCUGCUGUCCUACCAUGGCAUGCAUUCGGGAAUGAAAAAGUCAGUUUUCAUUCUGGGUGUCUAAAAGCAACGGAAGUUCAAAUGAAAGAAAAUUUCAUUGUGAAACGGCAGUAUGCUCGAAAUGCUUCUUCAAUCAAGCAAUGGGUUUCCAUCACAACAGUGGUCAAGAGGGGCAUGAGAUGCAUUUAAGUUUCCAAUUUACAUGGCUAUUUUUGUUCCGAGAGAAGCCAAGUUGGUGACAAACUAGCUCACCAGGGUCUCUUUAACGAAGGCAAAAAGAAAACUUUGGGAGUAGGGUUCAACAGAAGAAGAUACAAAGAGCUGAGGAAGAAGCAAAAAAAAUGGUACAGAUGGAUGUGGAGAGAACUCCAGUAAUUGUUUACAAAGAGAAGGAUGAUAAAGAUAAAAGGUGAAGAACAGAUUUUAUUUUAUUUCUUAAGUCAUAUUACCUUGCUUAAGCAAAUCUGUCUAGUAUCUAAAAAAUAACAUCUGCAUAUUACUUUGGUUUGUUGAUUUCUCGAUAUUAUUUUACUAGUCUUUAGAAUGAGAAGGAUGAUUUCUGCUUAAUGUUUUUAUUCAACAUCCUAAACUCCUUCAGCUUUUUC